AUGACCCGGAACUAUUACUACUCCUCACCGCGCCAAUGCCGCACAUCACAGCGCAACCGCUCUGGACGCGAUGAGGAACGCUGGCGAGGAGGGAGUGCGGUGGACGACGGGAACAGGGGGGCAAGGGCGCUGGAGGGGCUGGCGGGGGCGGUGGAGGUGGCGGUGGAGGCAGUGGAGGGGGUGGGGGUGGUGGUGGGAGUGGUGGCGGGGGUGGAGGUGUCGGUGGCAGCAGUGGAGGCGGAGGAGGCGGCAGCGGUGGCGUUGGGAGCGGAGGCGGCGGAGGUGGCGGAGGCGGCGGCGGCAGCGGUGGAGCUGGUUGCGGCUCUGCGCAGAGGAGUGUCUCUGGUGUGUCCCAGGGCGGCAGGGGCAAGGGGAGCAAGGGUGGUGGAGGUGGAGGUGGGGGCGGCGGCGGUGGAGGGGGUGGGGGGGGGCGGGGGUGGUGGCAGAGGUGGGAGUGGCGCGGGUGGUGGGGGGGUCGGUGGCGGCACAGGGGGUGGUGGCGGCGGCGGUGGUGGAGGUGGUGGGGGUGGUGGUGGCACUGGUGGCGGCGGUGGAGCGAAUGGCGGGCGCGGUGGAGCGGUACAGCGUGGGGGGUUCGGCGAUGGCCAGAGGCAGCAACAGCAGCGUCCCGGUGAGACUCCCUCGCCCCAGCAGCUCCGUGAGUGGUGA